GUCCGUGGUGACCUGAGGAGGAGUUUGGUCCUGCAACAUGAUUGGUCAAUGGAUCAACACCGCUAUUUUCAAAUGCAAACCCUCACGACAUCACACAUUGUGGCUUCAGCUUACGGACGCUUCUUUCAGGUAAGUCCAUACACAGUUUCAGAUACUACAAAGAAACCAGAAUGAGUUCCAAAGUUGAAGAAAUGAAGAUGGAAGAUUUCAUUAAGAUUGAAAAGAUAGGAGAAGGCACCUAUGGUGUUGUAUACAAAGGCCGCAACAAGAAGAACAACAAGCUGGUUGCCUUGAAGAAAAUUCGACUUGAGUUAGCAGAUGAAGGAAUUCCAAGCACAGCUGUACGAGAAAUUUCACUUCUCAGGGAACUGAAAGAUCAUCCAAAUGUUGUCAGUUUAGAGCACAUUCUUCACGAAGAAGCAAAGUUGUAUUUGGUGUUUGAGUUUCUCAUGUGUGACCUUAAGAAGCAUUUGGACUCAACACGGGGAUUUUUAGAUCAUAUGUUAGUCAAGAGCUACCUCUAUCAAAUCACGAAUGCGAUGUACUUUUGCCAUAGUCGUCGAAUUUUGCAUCGUGAUUUGAAACCCCAGAACCUGUUGAUUGACGAGCAAGGACUAAUCAAGUUAGCUGAUUUUGGGCUUGGGAGGGCAUUUGGAAUCCCAGUUAGGGCUUACACUCAUGAGGUCGUAACCCUGUGGUAUCGUGCACCUGAGGUUCUCUUAGGAUGUCAAAGAUAUGCUUGUCCUGUGGACAUUUGGAGUGUAGGAUGUAUAUUUGCUGAGAUGGUUACAAAGAAACCACUGUUCCAUGGAGAUUCAGAAAUUGACCAACUUUUCCGUAUUUUUAGAAUCCUAGGUACUCCAACAGAGAAGACUUGGCCAGGAGUAUCCCAGCUGCCAGACUAUAAACCAAACUUUCCAAGAUGGAGUGGAGAAGGGCUGAGGAAAGCAGUUCCUCAACUGGACAACAAUGGACUUGAUUUGUUAGAGCAAAUGCUUGUAUACAAUCCUGCCAAAAGGAUAUCAGCUAAAGCCGCACUGGAUCAUCCAUACUUCAAUGACCUGGAUCUGUCGACUCUUCCUGCCACCAAACAAAUGACAAUGAAUGGAUGCCUGUGAACUAAGACAUUACAACAGUUUAAUUCUGAAUUUAACUUUGUCACAUACAUUCUACAUAAAAAUUGUGCAAAUUGUACAUAAUAAUGAUCACCAUUUCUUCACCUUAUAUAUGCAUGUAUCUCUUGAUUACCUCAUAGAAACUUGCUACAGUAACCUAUGGUAACCGCAGCAAGACCGCUCACUUAAUAUUUGGCUGCCACUUGUCUGUAUAUAUAUUUCAUUUAACAUUUGCACAGAAAAUAAUUUUAACUGUAAUAUUUUUCUUAAUUCAAAAUUUAUCCAAGUUUAAUUAGUUUAUUUUGAUGUUAUGAUAGACAUGAGAAAACAAUUACCAUUUCUUCAAAUAAGCUUCAAUCCAUAACAAUUUUGAAUCUUGCUUAAAAGAGAAAACAAACUUGUUGACGAGACUACAACAGCUCAAAAUCUGGUUAGCUUAUGGUUGAUUUGUCAAGUACAACUUACAAUUAAUUAUUAUCUUGAACUUUUUUCCUAUGCUUCUUUUGUCACUCGCAUCUUCUUUAAUUUGCUUACAGUUACUGUGGAACGUUAUCAAAUAAACAAAAAAUGUAUAGUGUGUACAGCGUUA